AGAACACCACUCCUCUUAUCUCCUUCCUUAAGAAAAAAAGAAACUUUCUUUCGCUCUGAUUUUUUCGUUUUGCCGCUCUCCACGUUCCCGCUGAUUUUUUGCAACCGAAAUUGAAAUUUACAACCAAACCCUAACCCUAACCCUAACCCUAUCCCCAAACAAUUCAAUUAUAAUUCCAUUCCUCCUUUUUACAAACUUUAAUUUCCAUCUUUUAAAAUCUCCAGAUCUGUAAGAUCUGAAAUCUUCGUUAUUCUGUAUUUAUUUUGCAUUAAUUUCGAUCUGAAGGCUCUUAUUACAGAUUCAUUCUCACAAGAUUUGGAACUGAUUUAUCGAGGUACUCGUAUCAAAGAAUUUCUGGUUGUUUUAGAGCGGUUUUUAGCAGUUAUGAUUGGCAGUUACGAGAAUUGAUGAAAUUAUUUAGGGUUUUGAUUAAAUUUCGUCUUCUUUGUGAAUGAAUGUUGUUCAUAUGGGCAUUAAAUUCUGAUAGUUGCGAGUUUGCAGUCUUUUGUCAAUGGAAGUAGCAGGUAUAAUAAAAGCUAACGAUGACAGUAAUAAUUUAUCAAAAACUGAAUUGAAGAGAGAUCACAAUUUCAUAAUAGAACACAACAAUGAUGACCCGGAAACGACGGAAUUCUCUCCAAACAAGAAACAAGCCAAAGAAAAAGAAGUUGCAGCAUCCAAUGAGGAUAUAAAAUCCGAAGUUUCGAAUCCCGAAAUUUCUCCGAAGAAGAAUUACGCCUCGUCGAGUUGGCAUGACAUCACUAGCCAUCCAUCUGAGGAGGAAUUUCCCACAGGGAGUAAUCAACUAGGUGCUGGUGUUGGUGAGGUUACAUCUACUCUCUCCGGAAAUUCGAGUCUGCCCGAUACUUUGAGUGAAAAUAAUGCCUCUCUUGAUGAUGGUAAUCGUAAUGGCAGUUCUGAGUAUGUAUCUACAUCUCAUGUUGUAGUGGAGAUACCUAAGCAUGUCAGUAAAACUGGGAUUAGGAAAAUUACAUUUAAGUUUAGCAAACGAAAAGAGGAUUGUAAUGAUGCCCACACAAUGGUUGCUAAUAAAGAACUUUCUUAUAAUGGAGAAUAUGAGAACUACUCUGCUUGGGUUGAUUCAAGUCGUGACGGAUAUUUUUGUGGUAGCAAUUUGGAAUUGAAGAUGUCUAAGAAGGUUGUUCCUAAAAAUUUCCCUUCAAAUGUCAAAAAAUUGUUAUCAACUGGUAUACUUGAUGGAGCUCGGGUCAGGUACAUAUCACCUGAGCGAGAGUUAUUUGGAAUUAUAGAUGGGGGUGGAUACUUGUGUGGCUGUUCAUCAUGCAAUUUCUCAAGAGUUCUCACUGCCUAUGAGUUUGAGCUGCAUGCUGGUGCUAAAACUAGACAUCCAAACAAUCACAUUUACCUAGAUAACCAGAGACCAAUUUGUAGCAUUGUUCAGGAACUAAAAGCUGCUCCGCUUGGUGUCUUGGAUGAAGUGAUAAAAGGCGCAGCUGGUUCAUCAAUAAAUGAGGAGUACUUCCAGGUUUGGAGAGCUAGUUUUUAUCAAAAGAAUGGAAUAGUUGAGGGAGAUAACAGGUAUUACAGCACGGCAUCACAUUCACCUCAUUCACCUGGAAGCUACUCAAGCCAAUGUUUAGAAGAAAGCUUUUGCCCAGCUUCUAGCUCGUUUGUGCAUAGCAAUGCCUCCGGACAAUAUAAGUAUAUGGAGACUUUGGAAACACACAAACGUGCAUUGAAGCGACCAAGCUCAUUUGCAUACAAAAAGAAAUCAAAUGAGGGAGGCUCCAGAAGAAGGGAUAAUGAUCUUCAUCGCUUACUUUUCAUGCCAAAUGGUCUCCCAGAUGGGGCUGAAUUGGCAUACUAUAUUAGAGGACAAAAAAUGUUGGGUGGUUACAAACAAGGAAAUGGUAUAGUCUGUUGCUGCUGCGACAGAGAGAUUAGCCCAUCUCAAUUUGAAGCACAUGCUGGGAUGGCUGCCAGGCGGCAACCCUAUCGGCACAUAUAUACAUCUAAUGGCCUCACCCUCCAUGAUAUAGCUAUGUCAUUAGCAAAUGGCCAAAGUCUUGCCACCGGAAUAAGUGAUGAUAUGUGUGCAGAAUGUGGCAAUGGUGGGGAUCUGAUAUUUUGUGAGAGUUGCCCUCGGGCUUUUCAUAUAGCCUGUUUGGAUUUACCGUAUGUACCAAGUGAGGUUUGGCACUGUCCAAAUUGUAUAAAGUUUGGACAUGAAGGGAACUUUUCAAGAUCAAUUGCUAUUCGUCGGGUUGUUAAAGCUCCAGAAUAUGAAGUUGGUGGUUGUGUUGUUUGCAGAGCUCCUGAUUUUAGCACCCAUAACUUCGAUGACCGAACAGUCAUCCUUUGUGAUCAAUGCGAGAGGGAGUUCCAUGUUGGUUGCUUGCGGGACAGUGGACUGUGCAAUCUAAAAGAGAUCCCCAAGGAUAAUUGGUUCUGUUCUAAUGACUGCAAUAGGAUCUAUGAGGCUCUACAGAAUUCUGUUUCUAGUGGAGCACAAAUGAUACCGGAUCUGCAGUUGAAUAUUAUCACUAGAAAGCAUGCUGAGAAAGGACUAUUCAUUGAUGGACUGGCAAAUGAAUUGCAAUGGCGAAUUUUAAUGGGAAAAAGUCGGCAGCAAGAAGAUCUUUCAUUAUUAUCUGCAGCUGCUGCAAUUUUCCGAGAGUGUUUUGAUCCCAUUGUUGCAAAAACUGGCCGUGAUCUAAUUCCCGUAAUGGUCUAUGGGAGAAAUAUUUCUGGUCAAGAAUUUGGCGGAAUGUACUGUGUGCUAUUACUUGUAAAGAAUGUUGUUAUAUCAGCUGGUCUUCUUAGGAUUUUUGGUAGUGAGGUUGCUGAGCUUCCUCUAGUGGCUACACGUAGAGAAUAUCAAGGAACAGGUUACUUCCAAGCAUUAUUCUCUUGCAUUGAGAGCAUACUGUGCUCUCUGAAUGUGACGAAGCUAGUACUACCAGCUGCUGAGGAAGCCGAGUCAAUUUGGACAAGGAGAUUUGGCUUCAAGAAAAUGACCGACGCACAACUGUCGAAGUAUACUCGGGAACUGCAAUUAACAAUAUUCAAGGGCACAUCAAUGCUGGAGAAGGAGGUCCCGCUGCAAUAGCAGCGUAGAUUCCCAAGAAUAAUGUUGAAAUAAUUGGAAGAAAAAGAGUAGAAUGUUGAAUUUAUAGGUUUCAUUAAUUAUUAGUUUUUAGCUUGUUUUUUUUGCUGUAAUAGAGCUGCUGUUUUUGUUUGGGAGCCAGCAGCCAUAAAUUCUAUUCUGAGGGGUUUCUUGUACAAAACGUACAUUUGGGAAUUAGGAGGAAGUCGAAGGGAAUGCAUGCUGACCUUUUAUAAUGCAUGCAUAUGCUUUCCAAAGCCUAUUAAUUAACACUUUGCUUUUUUCUUGUAGCUUGAUUUAAUGUUAUGCUUACUAAUUUAUUA